GAUAGCACAUAAUAUUUGACUUCUCCAAACUUUCACAAAUCUUAACCACUCUCUUCUUCUUCUUCUUCUUCUCUUCCUCUCACUGCUCACUUUCUCUAAUUCCAACACUUUCUCUUCUCUAUAGAAACAAAUGCUCUUUCUAUUAAUCCCACAAUAUGUAAUUGAAUCGUCAAGAUUAAUCUCUUUAAUUAUAUGUAAUGAAUCUCUUUAAAUUUCCAUCUUUAGUUUGAAGUUUCUGUCAUUAACAAAAGAAGAAAAACACAAUAUGGGCAAAGCAUCCAAAUGGUUCAAAGAACUUCUCGGGUUCAAGAAAACUGACUCUUCUUCUUCUUCGUCGUCGUCGUUACACAAAAACCCAAGUCUAAACCCAUCACUAACCACUAAAAAGAAAUGCAGUAACUUUAAAUCCUACAGAGAUAAUGAUUUUCAGCAGCCCCACUAUGAUCAAUAUAGUGUCUUCACAUCAGUUCGCGGUAGAAGUACUGAUGUUGUAGUAGCGGAGACGGAUUCAAGAUUUAAAUUUGUGAACCCAACCAACAGCCCCGUCACGGUAGAAGAGGUGGUGGGGCUGACGGCUAGUAGCGGUGGUACAAAAGCGGUGACAACAUGGAACGGUGUCGUUUUUGGUCGUGAAGAAUGGGCUGCCGUCGUGAUACAGUCACAUUUCCGAGCUUAUCUGUCAAAGAGAGCAUUAAGGGCAUUGAAGGGACUUGUGAAGCUUCAAGCAUUAGUAAGAGGUCAUAUUGUGAGGAAACAAACUGCUGAUAUGCUAAGGCGUAUGCAGGCAUUGAUAAGAGCUCAGUCGAGAGCUCGUGCUGGACGAUCUCAGGUUUCUGAAUCGCCUCAUUUUAGCACCAAGUCUAUUCAUUUUUUUCAUCAGGGUCCUGCAACUCCUGAUAAAUUCGAUCAUGUUAUUCGCGCAAGGAGCAUGAAGAAUGAUCAAAUGUUUAUGCUCAAGAGGAAUUCUUCAAACAACAUGGGCUGCAGAAUGGAUAAAAAACAAGGCUCUUUUGCAAGAACUGGCUCAAUUGAUGAUAUUGGCAAAAUCCUUGAUAUAAAUAGUGGAAAAUCAUAUAUUACUUCCACACAUAGGAAUCUCUUCUAUUCCUCUGAUCUUAGCUUGAAUUCAGACCAAUUAAGUUAUAGCUUGGAUGAAACCUGGUUUUCCUCUGCUGAUAAUAGCCCACAACUUCUUUCGACCUCAUCUAAAUGUGCUCGUUUGAGGCGAGCACCAUUUACACCAACUAAGAGUACAGAUUGCUCGAGUGAAUACUCGAGCAAUCAUCCAAACUACAUGUCUUAUACCGAGGCAGCUAAGGCAAAGACGCGAUCAAUGAGUGCACCAAAACUAAGACCUCAGUGUGAUAAGAGGUACUCAAGAUCUAACUUGCAAAAUGGUUCAAAUUUUUGUACCAACUUCACUAGCAAAGGCGUGUAUCCGGUUUCUGGUCGAUUGGACAGACAUGGAAUGCCUGUUAGAGGAGAUUCGGAUGAGUUUAGCCGUGGUUUUUUGCACAUAUAUUAAGAUGAUUCAAGUUCAAGUUUGCAGUUUGAGUUUCAAAAGUGUUUAGCAAGCUAACAUAUGUGUAUCUAGUUCUGAAUGUUUAAUGUUCUGAACCUGCAUUUUCCUUUGUAUUAGAAAUACAGUCAAACCUCUCUAUAACAUCCUCGUUUGUUCCGAAUAUUUUUGGAUGUUAUAGCAAAGUGAUGUUAUAGACAACAUAUAUUAUAACAUAACAUAAAAAUUGGCUCUGAGAAAAGCUUGACUUUUAUAGAGAAGUAUUGUUAUAUAGGGAUGUUGUUAUAGAGAGGUCUGACUGUAUAAUUACUGAACUGAUGUGAAUCACUUUAUGUCUGGUUUUGAU